GUUCACGUUAUCGUUGCUGCAGUUUGCGGUCCAAGUGCUUGCUAUAAGCUCUUUGUUUAUAUUGAAUUUGCCACGUUUCUGAACUUCACCUGGUAUAUUUUCAAGAAACAAGCAUUCCAUAAGCUAUCCCUGCUCGUAUAUACUUGUAUAGCAUGAUUUCCUUAAUGCGUUGCACAACCUUUUCUGCUUCAGGCACAUUUUUUUUUAAAGGUCAAUUCAGGGCAUCAAGAAGAUAAAAUAUUUUGAGUGUCAAAGACUGAAUGUUUGUGGCUUAAAAUCAGGUACUAGAAAAUUAUGCCAAAUCAAUAACUGUGUUCUCUAACACUGACAGUUUAAAAGCUGAAACACAGCAGCCAGCAACACGUAAAAUCAGAAUGAACAGAAGAAAGUUGGCAUCGAGUCGAAGAGGCAAAGGGAAACCGCGUGUAAAUGACGCAGAAACACAGCCAGAUGUUGAAUCUAGAGAGGGUGUUCAGGAUGAAGCCAGUGGUAAGGAACAUCCAGAAACACACGGGUCUGCAACAAAGCAGCCUAAAGUGCAGGAAGAAGUAGCUCAAGAGAGUGAGCGUGACAUGACUGCGCCACAAACUACCUUCUUGGUCUCUGCCUCUACAGCUGAGUACUCUGAGGAUAAAACUGGCACGUCAUGCCCAGAAGACGUCAAACACAUUUUAGACUCCAAAGAUGUCAGUAUGCAGCCUUUUAAAAAAGAGACCAAGCUGGAAGUCAUUGAGAGUAGCAACACUCUUCAAAGUGAGGAAGUCAAUGAAAAUCUGCAUGACCGUCUCCCUGAGCUCACCAGUUUAAGUGCUUCUGCAUCAGAUCAACAGACGAUCAGCAAACAUUCAGAAGAUUUUAAUCUGUGUUCUGUGGCUGAAUUAAACAGCAGCAAGACAGAUGACUCAGGCUUGUUCAGACAAGAUGGGCGUUUACACGGCAACUUUUCAGUAUGUGAGUCACGUGUUAAUACAUCUAUCACGCCUCAGAUUAUUGCAGAUAACGCCUUCAGAGAAAACAUUCAAAUUAACGAUGGUGUUGAACAAGAAACAUUUUUAUUUCAAACAGAGGAGUUGCCUACAAGUAAAGACGAUAAACACUGUACACCUAAAGUCAGAGAUGCCAAGCUGUCACAGGAGGUUGAAGACAAUCAGUAUGAUCAAAAUAAGUUGACACAAGAGCAAGUCGAGCAUGAAAAGCAUAACUCCACUGAAGAUCUACUGUAUGACCACAAAGAUUACGGUUCUUACUUUGGACACCAGAAAUCUGAAUCCGAUAGUUACCAACGUUUGUUUCUGGUGAAAAGCACUGCAGACAAACAGGAUGUUUUGACUACAACAGAAGAAACUUCUUUGGACCGGAUGGAUCAUAGUAGUCUUGUGGGGGAUAACAUACAAACUCUUCCAUCAGACUUUAAGGCUACUACAGAGCCUCAGCUUCUCAACAGUUCUCUGACCACAGAUGACCAUACCAAGGCGGGUUCCAGCUCUGGUGCUACUAAAAGAAAAUUUGGAUCUAGUCGUAAAAGUAAAGGAAGACACGUUAAAGACUCUAAAGAGGAUAUUUUAGAAAAUACUCUGAACAAUGAAUCUCUUGAAACACCAACUGUAUUGUCAGAAACACAGGAGACACGGCAUGAAGAAGUGAGUGAUGUCACUGCUGCUGACACAGUCUUGUCUCUUUCAAAUAGAGGCACAGUUUGUUUGGUAUUGCCACAUGAUCUUUCUUCUGAAUAUCCUGAGCCAGACACAUACAGUUUGACAUUAACAAGUGAAAGUCUUCAAAAAGGUCAAGACAAAACAAAUUCAGACAUUUUAGCUGAAAUGGUUGAAAAAACUGAUGUAUCCCAGCUUGAGGUGGAUCAAUCUGACAUUCUUCACAGUGAGGAACCCAUAGAUUCUCUUUCAGAGGAUUUUCCAACAAAUCUGCAGAAUGUUGAGUUUCAUCCAACUCCAAUGCAAGAAAUCCUGCAAAUUCAGCAUUCAUCUGAAAUUAUUCCAGAUUAUGUUACAGAACAUUUUGUAAACAUUUCUGAAAAUCUAAAUGUCCGACCUGAAAUGUCUGAGUCUGCUGGGAAAAGCACUGAUAAUGUUGCCGCCAAACAGCAAGAGCAUCAAACAGAGGAAAACAUCUUGGAAUAUACACAUAGUGUGGAACAGAAAAAUGAGAGUUAUGAUUUACAUGAUGCAAAUUCUUUACAAAUCAGUAACUUGGAAAAGUCAAACUCUACUCCUACUCAGGUUUAUGAGUUUAAAAAAGGAGUAGAGGAUGCAGACCAAAUGUAUCACCAGGAGAAAGGAUUCUUUGAAAUAGGGGAGGAAAACACUGUUUUGAUUGACUCACAGCCUCAAGAAACCCCUGGGAUUGUAGAUGAUCAAACUAAAGGCUUGUAUAGCAGUGGCAGCAGAAGGAAACUGGGGUUUGGCCUUAAAAGUAGGGGGAAACAAGAUAAAGGCUGUAAAGAAGAGGUUAGAGAAAAGACCAGUGAUGAAGAAACCACACAGAUUUUAGAUACUAAGAUUAUGAGCCAAGAAGAAAUGAGGCUAGACAUUUUGCCAGUGUCAUAUGACAGCCCAAUUAUUUCAAUCUUUGCUCCUGGCCAUUCCUUAGAGGAUCCAGAGAGUUUGAUUCCAGGAAGUGUAAAUAUUCCAGAAAGUGGGGAAAACUCAGAAACAGACAUCAAUAUGGAUUUAUCUGAUAAAUCAUGGGGAGAGACUUUGGAGCAUCAGUCUGACACUCAUAAGAGUAAAUCAGGGAGUCUUCAGACUAAGGAAGUCUCUGAUCCAGAUGUUGAUAUGAGAAAAAGUCAACACGAGGCGCUACAAGAACCAGAACCUCAGCAAAAAGAUUGCACUGUUGCUGGUCAGGUGGAGGAAGUUGGAGUCUUUGUGGAAGAUACCAAACACGAUCCUUCUAACCCUCUACUUCAGGACAAUUCUCUGAGCACACAUGAGCAAACUGACACUGGCUUCAGAGGGAGCAGAAGAAAACUGGGGUCCAGCCGGAGAGAAAAAGGAAGACAGCAGGGUGAAAUACCUCAACAGGAAGUUUUAGAAAGUACAAGAGAUGAUGAAAUACACGAGAGACAAACAAUGUUGAUACAGGAAGAACUAACUGAAGACAGUGAACCCAGGACUACCACUUCAGUUUCAGAUAACUCAUUGUUUCCUAAUUCUCCACUUGAUCAGUCUUUUAAGGAACUGAGCUGUGUGCCAACAAAAUACUCUGAAACUGACUUGGAGGAUAUAAGUGUGAACAGUGAAAAUUUUCAGAAAAUUCAAAAUGAAAGCAAGUUAGACACUGAAAAUGCAGUGGAUGUCUCUCAGCGAGCCAUGGAUGAAUUUGAGGACAAUUUAGAUGUUGUUGCAGGAGAUAAAGAAAUCAUGGAUGGUGGACAUUCAGAUAAUACUGUAAAACAAGAUAAGAAAAAUGAGGACCCACUAAAAGACUCUGAAGGAAAUCUGGAAUUGGAUUACGAAUCUGAGAUUGUGGCACAUGAUAUUUCUAAAUAUCCAGAAACAGUUUUGGGAGGCUUGGCUGAUCAAGCUAAAGUCACCAGCAAUAUUCAUUCAGAGCUCACUGUGAAAAGUACAGAGGAUUCUGCUACCAAACACAAACUUAUACUUAUUGAAGACCAACAAAACACAUGUUUCACAGCAGAAGGAAAUGUGGAGGCUUUAGACCAGACAAGUAAGGAUGGCCACCUGUACGAUUCGAAGGAAACCUCGAUCAGCAAUCCAGUUGGAGUAAGCGCUAAUCUUGGUCAGAUGGAUAAAGGUCGGAGCCUUGUAGAAGGUAGUGAACACAACCCUACUGACACCGAUCUUCAGGACACUUCUCUGACCACAGAUGAGCAAAAUGAUGCUGAGCUUAGCUUCAAAGGGAACAGAAGAAAACUUGGAUCUAGUCAUAGAAAAAAAGGAAGACAAGAUGCUAAAGAAUCUAAACAGAAAGUUUUAGAAGAUAAUGGCGGAGAAAAAGCCUUUGAUACAUCACCAAUGAUGUUAAAAGUAAAGACGUCUGAGCAGGAAGAACUAAGCAAAGCCAGUGAGGAAGACAUCUUUUGGUCACAUAGCAUCUCCAUGUCACAUGUUCUUUCUUCUGAGAAUCAAACCUCUGAGGUAACAGAAAGGCCCGGCACACACUUGAAAGGUUUAAUUAUGAAAUGUGAAAAUCAUCAAGAAGAUAUAGACAAAAACAAUUUUAAUGUUUUGGUUCAAGAUGGUAAACAAUCAGAGGAUUUAUCAUUGAGUCAAUAUAAAGCUCUCCCUCAAGAUACUAGAGAUACUGGUUUAGAGGACGUUAUGGUGGCACACCCAGAAGAAGUUCAUUCACUAACAAUGCAAGACAGUCUUCAAAUGGGAUAUUCUUCUGAAACUUCAACUAAUAUUAAUCAAACAUUUGACAUUAUGUCUGAAAAUCUGACUGGACAAAAUGAAAGGUCUCAGCUCACAGUAAAAGGUAAUGAUGAUUUUACAGAAAAACAGGAAGAAUGUCCUACAGAAGAAAUGAUCUCAGAGACUCUAAAUCUGCAAAGUGGAGAAAUUGUACAGGAUGACACAAAACUCAAGGUUGAUCAAACAUUUCACGAGGAGAAGGAAGGAAUGUUCUGUGAAAUGGAGGAAAACAAGCCUGUGUUGUCAAACUUUCAAAUCGAAACAGUUUCUUUGGCUCCCAAGCCUCAGGAAACGUCUGAUAGCACAGAAGAGCAAAUUAACACAGACUUACCCAGUAGUGCCAGCAGACGAAAAUUGGGAUCCAGGCGUAAAGGUAAAGCAAGACGGCAAGUUAGCGAAUUUACAGAUGAGGUCAAUGAAAGGACCAGAGUAGACGAAGUAGAUGAAACCCACAGAACAACACAGAUCUCAUUAGAUACAAAGACUAUCAGCCACGAAGAAAAAAGACAAGACAUGGAGCAGGAUGCAACCUUCUUGGUUUCUAAUGACAACUCAUUUUUAAUGUUUGCUUGUGGGGAUUCAUCUGAAGUUCAAGACCCAAUACAAAAGAACCAUCCUGAGGUUGAUCUGGACAGUUUAAUUCAAGGAAUUGUAAAUUGUCCAAAGAAUCAAAAUCAAUCUGAGUUUCUGCAGGGUAAAGACAAGAUGCUUCAGAAUAAAGAAGUCAUGAGCCCUGAACAUUCAGACAAUGCUGUAAUACAAGCUCAUGAACAUGACGACACACCAACAGACAUAGAAAGAAGUCUGCAAAUGGAUUCCUCAUCUGAAACUGUCACACAUGGUGCUCACAGCUCAAUGUUUGCUCCUGGGCAUUCAUUUGAAUUUCAAAGCUCAAUGGGGAGCAACCAUCCUGAGACUGACCUGAAGAGCUUAAUUAAAAAAAAUAAGCCAGGUGAUCAUGAUGGAAUAGAUUUAUCUGAUAAUUCGGAGGAAGACCCAUUAUUGGAUAAAUCUGACAUUCUGCAGUGUAAAGACAGGGCUCUUCAGAAUAAAGUCAUUGGUGGUGAGCUUUCAGAUAAUCCUGUAAAACGUGCUCAGGAAAAUGAGGAUCUGCCAACAAACAUAGAAGGAAAUCUGGAAAUGGAUUACACACCUGAAACCAUGGCACAUGAUGUUCCUAAAUAUCCAGAAACUGCUUUGGAAGGAGUGACUGACCAAGCUGAAACCAGCAGUAAAAUUCAUUCAGAGCUCACAUUGCAGCAUACAGCGGAUUCUGGUACAGAACAGGAACUACUACCUGCUGAAGACCAACAAAACCUGUGUUCCACAACAGAAAGAAAUCUAGAGGCUUUAAAUCAGACAAGUAAGGAUGAGCACCUGUAUGAUUCAAAGGAAACAUCAAUCAGCGGCCCAAUUGGAGUAAACACCACCCUUGUUUACAUGGAUGAAGGUGGGACCCUUGAAGAAGGCAGUGAACACAACUCUAACGUUAAGGACAGUUCCCUCAGCACAAAUGAACAAACAAAUGAUGGCUUCAGCUUCAAUGGGAAUAGAAGAAAACUGGGGUCUAGUCGUAGAACUAAGGGAAGACCAGGUUUUAAAGAAUCCAAGCAGGAAGUUUUUGAAAGUCACAGAAGCGAUGAAACUUCCCAGACCCCAACAAUAUCAAUAGAAACAAGGGGAUCAGAGCUUGAAGAGCUGAGUGAAGAUAUUGAACAUAAAAUUAUUCUGUCUCUUUCACAAGACUUGUCUUCAGUAUCACCACCCAUUCUUUCUUCUGAGAAUCAGAGCUCUGUGUUAAAAAAUGACUCUGACACAAACCAGCAGAUUUUAAUUCUUAAAAAUGAACAUUUUGGAGACGAAGGUGAAAGAAAGUCAGCGGCAGAAGUUGAAAUGAUUGAGAAAUCAAUGAAUGUUCUACAACAAAAGGUGGGUCAGGCUGACACUGUUCACAGCAAAGACACCAGAGAUGCUGAACCAGAGGAUGCUCUUAGGGAAGAGGAGAACAUCGAGUUUCACCCAACUCAGAUGCAAGAUAGCAUUCAAACUGAAUGUUAUUCUGAAACUGUUGUUGGCAAAGUUUCAGAAAAUGAGGAAGUUAUCCCUGAAAAUCUGACUGAUCAAACUGGAGUGUCUGAGCUCAGUGUGAAAGCAACUGAUGAUUCUGCAACAAAAGAGGAAGCAUAUUCUGUAAAGAAAAAUUACCCAGAUAACUUAGAUGUGAAAAAUGACGAUUCUGGAGUGUUUGAUGACAACAAACCACAGAUCACUGACUUAGAAAAAACAGAUGCUCCGACUCAGAUGAAUGAGUUCGAAGGGAGAGUAUCUGAUGAUACAAAACCUAACACCGGUUUUGUAGUUGAUCUUGAAACGGAAGGACUCUGUGAAAUGAAAGAGAACAGCUCUGCUUGGUUAAAUGCUGAAACAGAUAUGGUUUCUUUUGACUCCCAGUCUCAUGAAUUUUCUCAGAAUGUUGAUGAACAACUGAACAAGGGCAUUUAUAAUACUGGCAACAGACCAAAACUGGGUUCCAGACGAAUAAUUAAAGGAAGACACCAAGUUAAAGAGUCUGAAGAAGAGGGUAAAGAAAAUACAUGGGGAGAUGAAACCCUGGACAUAUCUGAAACAAAGAUGGCACGUGAGGAACUAAAGCAAGACUUUUCGUCACCUGACAGCUCAGUGCUUGCUCCUGGCAAUUCAUCUGAUGUUCAAAGCUCAAUGUUAAACAACUAUUCUGAAACUGACUUGAAGAGUUUAAUUCAAGAAAGCCAUUCAGAAGAUCAAGAUGAAUCAGAAACAGGUAAUGUUGAGUUAUCUCAUAAAUCAGAAGAAGACACUUUAUUGGAUAAAUCUGAUGUACAAGAAAGUAAUGAUCAGACUCUUCAGAGUAAAGUUAUGGGCCCAGGAUGUUUAGAUAAUGCUGAAAAACAAGCUGAAGAACAUGAGAACUUACCAGCAGACGUAGAAGUAUGUCUGCAAAUGGAUUAUACGUCUGAAACUGUGGCACAUGAUAUUCCCACAUAUCCAGAGAGUGAUUUGGGAAAUAUGAUUAGCCAAGCCGAAAUCAUCAACCAUAGCCAGUCAGACCUCACCACAAAAAGUUACGCUUAUUCUAAUACCAAAGAGGAACUUCUACCUGCUGAAGACCAACAAAACCUGUGUUUCACAACACAAAGAAAUUUGGAGGCUUUAGAUCAGACAAGUAAGGAUGAGCACCUUUUUGAUUCAAAGGAAACAUCGAUCAGCAACCCAGUCGGAGUCAACAGUACCCUGAGUCAGGUGGGUGAAGGUGGGAGUCUUGUAGGGAGUACUACGCAAAAUCCUAAAAAGACCAAACAUCAGGAUAAUUCUCUGACCACAGAUGAGCAAACUGAUGCUGGCUUACGUGGGAGCAGAAGAAAGCUGGGGUCUAGCCGGAGAAAAAAGGGAAGACAACAGGGUGAAGAAUCUCAAGAGGAAGUUUUGGAAAAUACAAGCGGUGAUAAAACCUUUGAAAUGCCUGUAAUGUCAUUAGACACAAAGACAGUAGAGAAGGAAGAACAGAGAGAAGAAACUAAGCAUGAAAUUAUCUUGUCUGUUUCACAAGACAGCUCCAUGUCUUUAAUUUCUCCAAUUAUUUCUUCUCAUGAUCAGAGCACCUCUGUGCCAACAAAUUAUCCUGAUGAAGAUGUGCGGAGUUUAACUCUGACAAAUGAAAAUCUUCAUAAAGAUGUAGAUGACAGAAAAUCUGAUGUUUUAACUUCACAUGAGGGAAAACAAAAUGUUUUCCAUGGAGAGCCCAGAAAUGCUGUUUCAGAAAAUGAUGUGCAUGAAGAAAUUCAUUCAACACAAAUUCAAGACAGUAUGCAAACUGAUUCAGAUAAAAUCUUUGCAGGUGAUGCUACAGAGAAUGUUGAUAUUAUUUCCAGAGCUCUUGCUGACAAAACUGAAGAGUCUGAGCUCAACAUGAGCAGUAUUGAUGAUAUUACGUCAUUACAGGAAGCAUGCCCUUCAAAAGAAAGCAUCCCAGCAAAUGAAGAAACAAUCCAGCAGGAUGUGCAGCCCAACACUGAUCAUAUAGUUAAUCAGAACAGUGAAGGACUCUUCCUUCAAAUGGAGGAAAACAAAUUUGCUAUGUCAAACUUGCAGUCAGAAAACGUUUCAUCAGGUUCCCCUCCUCUGGAAUCCUCUGAGCGUGUACAACAGACAAAAGUGGAUUUCCACAGCAGAAGAAAACUAGGAUCCAGUCGUAGAAAUAAAGGCAGGAGCAAGCCAAAUGAUGCAAGUAUGAAUGAACUUGGUGAAGAAACAACAGAGACAGUAGCACAGGGCCAGGAAACUUUAAUGGGAAUUGUGCUGGAUGAAACGGAGGAACAUAACUCUUCUCAGAACAAAGAUGCAAAUAUUAGUACUUCUAUUUGCACGACUGUAGGCAUGCAGCUGUCACCCAUUGUUGAUCAAGAGGAUAGUGACACAUCAUGUUGCACGCAGAUUACAGAUAGGGAACUACCCAAACACCACAGCAGAGAUCAUGAUGAAAACAGAGAGCUGCAGGAUGGAAACUUACAGGAAAGCACAUCAUUGCCUGAACCACAUGCAGGUCCUCCCCCAGCCGAAUUGCAUGCAGAACACAACAGUAGCUGUGAACAUACAGAACCUGAAAAUGGGGAAGGGGAUGCUUUCAAGAAAGCUUUUGAACAGGAGACCGAGCUUGAACAGAGCCAAAAGACGCUUGAAACAGCUGAAAAAGAGAGAGAUGAUUUUACAGAAUAUCCUGAGACAUUUUCCAGAAACUUGUUCAGUGAAAAUGAAAAGAAUGCAGUGAAUGAGAAAACUGAAAUAUUGCAGCCAUAUAAAAAUGUACAGAGUGAACAGCUUAGUGAACCACCAGAAAGAACCACAGAAAAAGGGAGCAACAUGCAAAAUGCUCAAGUUGAGUACAGCAUUGAGCAAGGUGCUGUUUCAUCGCCACAAGAGAUGUUUUAUACUGAUGGGGAAGAGCAUCGGCACAUCAUCUUAUCUAGAGCUGCAGAAACUCAUUAUUUACUUGAUGUUCAAAGUAAGGAACAGAAAGAGCAGAUUAAAACAGGACAAACGCAAGAAAUGCAUCAGAUCUCAUUUCUAAAUGACAAGUCACUCAGAGAAACAAUGCAGUCAGAUAAAGAUGUUACUUUAGACUCUCAUCCUCAGGACAUUUAUCAAGACCUCAAAGAUGACGCUCACACAGGCUUCAAAGCAUCGGGAAACAGGAGAAAACUCGGGUCAAGUCGGAGAACUAAAGGAAGAAAACAUGGCCAGGUUAAUGAGCAAAACCAAGAAAACAUAGAUGAAGCUUUAGAAAAUACAGGAGAUGAUGAAACAACAAAAAUAUUAGCUGGAAGACAGGAAGAAGUAGAAAACGUCAUAAGGCCUAAAAACUUAGCAGCAUUUAGCUCACCUGUGACUAAGAAGCUGCUGGAGGAAAACGCAGGUUUUUCACAUGAUGUUUUGGAGGACAGCACAAUUGCAAAGUCAGAUUUUAAUUCAAACUCAAACCAAAAAACAAAAGAAAAAGAUGUUAAACAUAUUGAUGAGGCUGAGGAUUCGACUGAGCUUACAGGACAUGACACAAACAAAACGGGUUUGAUGCAAUCAGGCCAGCACUCUGUGUUGAGCAGUGACUCAGAAAUGCAGAGUAUCUUAUUUCAUGAUGGCAUUUUCAGCCCAAAGUCAGAAAGUGUUUGUGUCAUUGAUCAAGAAGAAGCCUUACAGAGAGAAGCUUUAUCUUGUGAAAAAGACCCGACGGGAGCCGAAGUCCAUUUGAAAGAGACAAACAAACAGAUCGAAACAGCUGGAUUUAUAACAGAAGUCUGCAGUUCACAGGCGGAAAGCUCAAUGGAUGUGCAAAAUCCUAAAAAGGGUGAAGUGGAAGGGAAAUAUAUGUAUGCCAGCAAGCAGAAAAAUACUUCAAAUGAGUUCGUUUCUGCUUCGCAGGAGCCAGCUAUGGAUACAUCAUACGAAGGGGGAAUUUCUGCAACAGUAAACCCACUGGAGAGCCAAGGAGAAAAACCUCAAGAAACAUCAAAACAGAAGAAGAGGAAGAUUGGAUCUUCUCGCAGGACUCCAUUGAACAGAAAACGAGACGGUGAGAGACAUGAAAGAGACGAGGCAGAAGAAAGCGACUUCAGCGCAAAAGCUGAGAUGACGAAUCUGGGCGAGAUGGAGGUUGUGGGGAAAGUACUGGUGAAUGAAGAAGUGCGACAAAGUAAAGAUGUGCAACCACAACAAGAAGCUUUAUUGCAACAAGAAACUUCAGAAACCAAAACUGGUGAUGGGCUACAAAGCAGUAACAUGAGCCUGGCUUUCCCUCCUGAACAAUCUGUCACCAUAGAUCUUAUUUUAGGAACACCAAAACCAGAUGAUUUUACCAACAGUCAGACCCAAAUAUGCUCCGAGGAUACAGAAAGAAACAGUAGCUCAUUAAAUCAGCCAGUGUCUUCAAACACUGACACCCCAGGAGGGAGCUUAGAGUGUACACAAGGUGAUGAGCGCAGUCCUGAGAGCAUAGACGUAAGCCAAGUCCAAGAUGUUCAAGAUCAAAUGCCAAGUAGCACGAUUGAAAGCAUUCAGAGUCAAAAUCCUGGAAUGAGGACUGGAAGUCCGGAUUUAACUCCAACCAACAGGAGAAGAAAAAUGGGCUCCACUCGUAAAAAUCUAGGAACACGGACCAAACAGGAAAUCGUAGAACCGGAUAAGGAAUCCACAGAUACUGUGCUGUCUUCUGGAGAUGUAACUGUGGCAAGCGUCUCAGGAAAGAAAGAAACUGAGCUACAGCUUCACGCAGAACACACAGACGAAAACACUUAUCAAGAAAAACAGAAAGAAACUGUGGAAAUCAGCCAGUUUGGUGAGUCUUUACUAAGAGCUCUGGCUGAAGAAUCUUCAAUCUCACAGACCCAAGCAGCAGAAACAAAACGACAGUGGGAUCCAAGUGAACUUUCAUCCAGCCCUUCCAAUGAUGGCACAUCAGAAUCAGCCUUUGGAGGGAGGAGGAAAAAAUUUGGAUCAAAUCGGAAGUCAGGGUUACAAAGAAAACCUGACCAAAAUGCACAAAAGGAAGAUGAAGCUGGACUGAUAGAGGGAGGUGCUCUCAAGACAGCUGGAAGAGAAGAAUCACCAGGGCUGAGAAAAAUAUCAGAGGUUGAUGAAAAUGGGCAGAAACCAUCUUCCAGCACUGAUAUUUUAGGAGCUACAGGGUCUUCAAAAUCUAUGAGGGACAAGACACCAGAGAAACUUGCCCAUCGUAAUAUCCGCUUGGAUCAAGAGAGUGGGGGUCAGCUUUCUUUUGGUGCCACUAGUGGCGCAGAUAAAUCAGACGGCUACAACGUGGUGAUGAUUGGAGAGAGCUGCGUCGGAAAGACUUCCUUCAUGAAAAGAGCUCAGAGUGGGAAGUUUUCUUUAGACAUUCCUGCCUCUGUUGGCCUUGAUUCCUGCAAGUGGACUGUGGUAGUAGAUGGAAAACCUGUGGUUCUUCAGUUGUGGGACACAGCAGGUCAAGAAAGGUUUCACAGCAUCACCAGACAAGUGUUCCACAAAGCCCAGGCUUUUCUCCUGAUGUAUGACAUCACUUCCUCUCAAAGUUUUUCAGCGGUCAGCUACUGGGCUAACUCCAUUCAGGAAGCUGCUGCAGAAGAUGUGACUGUUUUGCUCCUGGGAAACAAAAGCGAACAUGCAAAGCGACAAGUUAAAACGGAGCAGGGGGACAUCCUUGCUAAGGAAUAUAACUUUGAAUUCAUGGAGUGCAGCGCUGCCACAGGUGACAAUGUCAUAGAGGCUUUGGAGGCAGUGGCCAGGAUGCUGAGUCAGAGAGCUGACCUGCUGAAAGAGGAAGUCACCGUUUUACACAAAGAGCCAGCGCAGAGGAAGAGCUCUAAAUGUUGCUGAACAGAUGCGCUUGUUUCACAAACAAAGCAAGAGGUGAUAUCCUGCAAAUAGUGGAGACAAUUUCCUGAGUAGACUGUACCUAACAAGAUGGUUAUAAAGAUGCUAGAACUUAAUUUCUCUUUCUUGUAAUUGCUUGUAUUAUGUGGAAUGGGGAUUUUAUUGUGAUAUAUCCAACAAAAGUAAGUAAUGGGCUUUCAAAUUUUUUUAUAACUCAGUUGUUUGGGGUAAAAGGGAAUUUUAAGAGUUAUUUAACUGUGCAUCAAGGGGCUCUGGCUCUUGUUUGAAUUUAAGUUUAAGAAGUCGUCUUCCAUAUUUAUAUUGAGGUAGUCCCAAGAUUUUCUGUUGGGAAACGUUUCCUUUAGCACAGUUUGGAUGUCCUCACUUCCAUGUUUUAUUGUGCACAUUUUUAAGUAAGGUGUUUACUCUGAUCAGGGUUCUGUUGCAUGUGGAAAAGGACCAGUUUUUCUUGUAUUUGUUCUCAUAAACUCUGUUCUGAAUUGUGUUUUAAAUAAUAUUUUUGGCACACAUCCUCCUUGCAGAGGUCCCAGCUGCCAGGUUGCUCAGAUAAUGAAUUAAUUUCAUUCCCUCUAUGAUUAAAAGCAGUGGUUGUAAAAAUAUUUUUCAGUCCAAAUGUAGCAUUUUUUUUUUAUUAUUACACUGAUGUGCAUUUCCAACAUAACUCAUGCCAAUGAGAAACCCAGAGACACAAUCAAUCACACAGUAAAAUUGUUCUAAUCUCAUGUUCUAUUCUCAAUAAACUCCCACUUCAACAAUUUA